AUGAAUCUUUCCGGCUACAGUGACAGAUUGGGCCAGGCUGCGGCAGACAUCGACGUUCUGACUUACCAGCAUCCAGCGGUAUUCCACUGUCUGACAAGUAGUGCUUUCGUGAGGGCAAAGGUUAAGUGUAAGAUGUUGGUGGCUAGCCGCGAGGACCAGGAACUUCGCAUGCGGUGCAACAAGCAUUUUCCAGCUGGUAUGACUUUCAAUGCUGCUAGCAAGCUUUCGUCAGACGCAGCGGAUGUGGCUAGGCGAAUGCUCCUGGCACACGUGGUUUGGAAGUCAGACAAAGACUUCAACAAACACCUGGCGAAGAUCCAGAAGGUGUCAGAGAAAGUCUCCACUGUCGUCCUCCACGUUGACUUGCAUGCCAGCAAAGCAGCUUAUUUCCGGCUCGUUUUGGAGACCGAAGAGUCUGACUUAAUUACUGGCAACGGUAAGAGAUGUCAAUUGGCCGAGGAGUUCCAAGGACAUCCAUCGCAGCAGUCAGACCGAAGUUGUUUCAUCCUCAUGUUCUCCAGCUCUGGUGAGACCGUUGCUUCCGAGACAAAGACCAAGUAUCGUCAAGUCCUGGAGCAGUUGGAGCAUGACCUCGGGACUUAUCUCGCCACUGGAGGCGCCAACAUAUCGUCAGAGCAAGCCAUGCAGCUUGCUGCUAAGAAAGGUGCGGAGGCUGGAAAAUACCCACGAAGCACGUGUGACACCAGGAACAUCCUCAAGAGGGCGUUAGACCGACCGACUUCGGUCUUCCUGGAUGGAGGUCGCAAGACUAAGAGGUUCAAGGUGUUGGACCCGCAGUUCGAGGUGGUGGCCUCGCAUCUGACUGCAAAUUCGAACAUGCUAUGUAAGACGGAUGCAGACGUCGCAGAGUUGACUCUUGCCGAGACCUCUCGUUUGCAUGGGUGCACGUUCGACUUAAGUCUUUGCAACCAUUUCUUUGCAUGUCAGACGCUGGCGGCCAUGGCUUCUGUGCCCAAAGCAGCGAUCAUGCUGCUGCUGGCCGGCCUCAACUUUGGUCUGUCUGCAUCUUAG